AUGUCCAUCUUACCUCGACUGACAUCGUCUGUCCGACCAUCCCUCUCCGGUCCCAUACGGAGAACAGCGGCUCUGAGAUCAUAUCACAUACAGUCAAAACCAUCUGCUGAGAAGGGAAGGACAGAACCGCAAUACCAGUAUAAAUUCCUGGAAGGGAAUCCAACAGUUGGCAUCGUAGGAUGUCCGUUUAGCGGUGGUCAAGGACGUACCGGCGUAGAUCUCGCACCCAACAAACUAAUCUCCGCAGGACUAGUCGAGCAAUUAUCCUCAUUAGGCUGGGAAGUACAUUACAACUCUCAAGAGAAAUUCAUUGAUAUACCUUACAACCCUAUCCCGACAUCUUCUCCAUCUGCUCCUGAGAAUGGUACGGAAAUUAACGAAAGGAGUGGAAAGAAAGUACAGAGAUUACCUGAUGAAGAUAUUGGGAAGAUGAAGAAGCCCCGGUUGGUAUCUGCUGUCAAUCGGGAGGUGUCAAAGGAAGUUGAGGAGAUUGCUAAGAAGGGUUGGUUGCCUUUGACUUUGGGUGGGGAUCACAGCUUGGCAAUGGGUACGGUGUCAGGAACCAAAGCGAAAUACCCAGACGCAUGUCUUAUAUGGGUUGACGCUCAUGCCGAUAUCAAUACCCCCGAUACAACUGAUUCUGGUAACCUACAUGGCUGUCCGGUGUCCUUCCUGCUCGGAUUGGAGGGAACAGACGUAGCUCCUUUCAACGAAUGGUUGAAACCUUGCUUGAAACCUGAAGAGAUCGUUUACAUAGGUCUUCGUGAUGUCGAUGGACCAGAAAAGGAAAUACUGAAGAAACACGGUAUAAAAGCUUUUUCGAUGCAUCAUGUGGAUAAAUUCGGUAUCGGAAAAGUAGUGGAAAUGGCUUUGGAUCACGUUAAUCCCGAUAGGUCGAAACCUAUUCAUCUGAGUUAUGAUGUAGAUGCGUUGGAUCCUAUGGUCGCCCCCAGUACCGGUACCCCUGUCCGAGGAGGACUGACAUUCAGAGAGGGUCACUAUAUAACGGAAGCUUUAGCUGAGACUGGUUGUUUGGUCUCUGUCGAUAUUAUGGAAGUCAACCCAUCCCUACUCGAUCCCAGCUCGGUUGAGAAGACCGUGGCAGCUGGAUGUUCGUUAGCUCGAGCGUCGUUAGGAGAGACUCUCCUGUAA